CGUCAGCUCCUGCAUGAGAUUUAGGGAUUGAACUUUCGGAAGAAAGUUAAGGUUUCUACUUCUUGUGUAGCUACUUUUGGUUGCCCAAAGUCAGAAAGAAGCAAAAAACAUGGCUAUCAGCCACAGUACUUUGGCAUUUGCCUUCGGCAUGCUAGGUAACGUCAUUUCGUUCUUGGUAUUCUUGGCUCCAAUAACAACAUUUUACCGAAUAUUCAAGAAGAAAUCGACUGAGGGCUUUCAGUCACUGCCUUACCUGGUGGCAUUGUUCAGUUCCAUGCUUUGGUUGUACUAUGCUUUACUCAAGAAAGACGCCAUGCUUCUCUUGACCAUUAACUCAUUUGGAUGUGUCAUAGAGAUCAUCUACAUCAUCUUGUACAUCACCUAUGCGACAGGGGAUGCUAGGAACUUAACUUUAAAGCUAUUUUUUGCAAUGAAUGUGGGCGCCUUUGCUCUGAUCCUCUUGGUCACACAUUUUGCUGUGCAUGGUUCCCUUCGUGUCCAAGUCCUUGGAUGGAUAUGUGUUUCCCUUUCGAUUAGCGUCUUUGCAGCACCACUAAGCAUUGUGGCACAAGUUGUUCGGACAAAGAGUGUUGAGUUUAUGCCUUUCAAUUUGUCAUUCACCCUCACAUUGAGUGCCAUAAUGUGGUUUGGUUAUGGUCUCUUUCUCAAGGACAUAUGCAUUGCUCUUCCAAAUGUACUUGGUUUUGCACUGGGAUUACUUCAGAUGCUGCUUUAUGCCAUUUACCGGAAUGGAAAUAAGAAGGUUGAUAAAAUAUUGGAAAAGAAGGCACCGCCAGAGCCACUGAAAAGCGUUGUUAUAGAAACUGGUGAGGUGUUUCUUGUGGAGGGAAAGCAACAAGGAAAGAAGAGCAAAGAAAACAGUGAGGAGAAGGAGAAAAGUGAUGAACCUAAUAACGAUUGCGCAGUCUAGCUAAUUGCAUGCAUGUAUGUUGUUAUAUAUCAUUCGAUGGCCAUGACCCACCACUAUCUACGUACUUUUAAUCUCUUUCAUUAAGUUGUAGCUACCUAGCUAAAUGUACUAAUCAUUCUAUCUUUGAAUUUAAUCUAACCAUUGCAUUUCGCGCUGUCCAUCAA